AUUGUCAGUCAGAGACCGGAAUAUCAGAGAGGGGAAAUGUCACAGGAGCGCAAAGACGACCGUCCGGCCGCAUCAUCCGAGCAAGACAAACAUCAUGAGCCAGACACUCCGGUAGCUCCCUCGGGGUUCCAGGGGUUACUCUCGCUCGCCACUCCGCUGACACGCUUUGUCUUAUAUCCUAUGGACCAGCUCAAGCUGGUGGGAUCAAACCUGCGACAGAUGGUGAGCAAGAAAUUUGACCCUGAGAAAGAUAUCAUUGAUCAAGACGGCAAGGUCAUUUUAAUCACCGGAGGAAACGCCGGACUUGGGAAAGAAACAGUCCUCCAGCUCGCCAAACACAAUCCAUUGCGCAUCUACCUCGCCGCGCGCAAUAGCUCUAAGGCCCAAGCCGCAAUCGAUGACAUCCAAAAGCAACUCCCACAGCAUGCCGAUAUCCGCCAUCUGCCUCUCGACCUCUCGUCCUUCAGUUCGAUCCGUGCUGCAGCACGUGAGUUCACCUCCAGGAACGAACGUCUCGACACCCUCAUCCUCAAUGCCGGCGUAAUGGAUCCAUUGCCCAACCGUACCGAAGACGGUUUCGAGGUCGAUUUCGGCACAAACCACCUCGGUCACUUCCUCUUCACCAAGCUCCUCCUGCCCACCAUCACCAAAACCGCCCAAGAAACCAAGUCCGCCGGCAAACCAGCUGACGUGCGCAUCAUCGUCGUCGCAUCAAUGGCCUGGCAGAUGUCCCCGCCACUAUCCACCAUGCUCUCGACGGACUCCCUCCUCGCACUCAACCCACCCACUCGUUACGGCGCCUCCAAGGCUGCAAACAUCGCCUUUGCAUCCGAACUGGCCCGUCGCUAUCCCGAAUUAUCCUGUGUCUCUCUGCAUCCGGGUGUGAUCAUCACCGGUCUGUAUGAUUCGCUAAUGGCUACGAACCCGGUGGCCCGGGUGGGUUUGAGAAUAGCUAAAUCUAUUACCGUGGACGAGAAGCAGGGCAGUCUUAACCACCUUUGGACGGCAGGCUCGGAGAGAGGAGCUCUCAGGAGCGGGGAGUAUUAUACACCCGUUGGUGUGGGAGGGUGGAAGAAUAAGUGGGCAGAGGAUAGAGAGUUGGGACGAACGCUGUGGGAAUGGUCCGAGGAGGCCAUUCGAGACCAAAAGAAAUAAAAAGCUAAAAAGAGGCAAAGAGUUGGAUUAUAGGCUUAGAAUACGUUGGCUUUGUACGGUUCUUGUUUGAUAUGGAGUAAACCGUGUAAUUUAUCUGGUGCUUGGGCGGUAUUUGGCGAGAUUUGCUAACCUCUUUCACAAAUCUUUCUUUUUUUUUUUUUUUUUU